AUGUCUGAUUUUUCGAGUGGUGCCCAACUCCUUGAGAAAAUGCCCUUCCCGUCACUGGCCACUUAUACGGCUUUCAGUGUCGCGCUCCUAACCGGUGCGGCCUACUACAGCGUUGAAAAUUCUGCGACAGAAGAAUGGCGCUCGAACCCAAACUACACGUCGGGCAUCGCGGAAGCGUGGUCGUUCUUCGGAGGUGCCACCGUGGUUCUCGAGAGCGAGGAUCGUUCCACACUCUUCCGGCUCGCCGAGGUGGUAGUGCACCUUAUGACGGAUCCUCUCUGCAUAUUGGUGCUCGUCAAUAUGGCAGGCUGCCUACUCACUCUACUGGGGAAGCUGAUACAGGUGUUGGUGUUUGGUCAGCUGCGCGUGUCUGAAGAACAGCAUCUCAAAGACAAAUUCUGGAACUUCAUCUUCUACAAGUUCAUCUUUAUCUUCGGGGUGAUGAACGUCACGCACGUGGAGCAGGUUCUCAAUUGGAGCGCAUGGUUUGCCCUGCUCGGGUUUCUGCAUCUCAUGACAACUCUCAGCAAGGACCGUUUCCAAUACCUGUCAUUCUCACCUUCGAUCCCCGCUGGCGUGCACUUUCGACUUGUGGGGCUGCUUUGCGGUGUCCAGGUGACGUGCGUCCUGUGUUUCGCCAUCUGCAUACUUUGCGGAAUCUACCACGGCCUUCAUACGUUUGCGCUGAUGGUAGCCGAAGUGGCUCUUGUGUCUCUCAACGCCGCCUACGUGCUGGCGAGGUAUACCCUCCACGUGGUGGACUCGAAAACCAGCGAGCGACUCUGGGACAGUAGAGCGGGCUGCGUUUACUACACCGAGCUCGGCUUUGAGCUGGCAACGCUCCUCGUCGACUUCCUGCAUCAUCUGCAUAUGUUGAUAUGGACGAACACGAUGCUAUCGAUGGCUAGUCUCGUCAUCUCGAUGCAGCUACGCUGGGCCUUUAACGAGAUUCGUCGUCGGAUUCUCAAACAUCGGAACUACCUUAAAGUUCUUCGGCACAUGAUGGCCAGUUAUCCUAUGGCCUCGCUGGACGAACUCACCAAAAAUUCCGAUGAUUGCGCCAUUUGUUGGGAUCUCAUGAGUACAGCCCGAAAAUUGCCUUGCGGGCACCUCUUCCACAACGCUUGUCUGCGGUCGUGGUUAGAGCAGGAUACGUCGUGUCCGACCUGUCGGAUGACGUUACAGUCAACAGAUUCGUCAGAAGGUUUCUUCGGAUCGUUGAGCUUCAGCUCUCUGCAGGUCGAAGCCAGUGCGACCGUCCACCCUCGACAGUUGCCGCCAGGCGGCCCCCAGGUGACGAAUCACCUGUUCCACUUCGACGGGUCGAGGUAUUUCAGCUGGUUACCCUCCGUCUCUCUGGAGGUUUCUCAUUCAAAUCUGCUGCCCCAGAGCGAGACAACGAACGUAGUCGGAUCGGUCGACCACCAGCAGUUGAACCGUAUCGUGGAGGAACUGGCCUCGAUGUUCCCGAACACCUCGCGAUCAGUCAUCUUGCAACAUCUACGAAACAGCCAAACUGUCGAACACGGCGUAGAGAACUUCCUCAGUGAAAAACUGCUCGCUCCAGCUGUAGGUUUGACCGAAGCAUCUGCCCGUCUGCACUUCUACACAUCUCCUCAUGCUAGCAGUGCAGGAGACGAUUCCGCGAGCGGCCACAAAAGUCCAAAGAUCCACCAAUUCAGUCGUGAUCCGACUGUCUUCCAAAAUACAAAUCUCUCGAGUACAACUGUGAUAGCCAACCAAGAAACAUCGAGCAAUUCUUCAGCCACCCAACGAGGGGAAUUAGAACGUCCUCUCACAAUUGAUGAUCUGUGGAAUCGAUUCGACGAAACCAACAGGCAUCCGGAUCCCGAAGAGCGAAUGUUCCCGGUCGGAGCCGCCGCGGUUUUUGGAACGUUCUCACCGAACCCGAUCCUAACGGAAAGGAGGAGGAUCUUGAAGGAGUCAGCUGUUGAAGGAAUCGACUACUGCAUCGUCAACUAUAGCUUUAUGAGUUGGAUUUUCAUUGAUAAUCCUGGCCCAGCCACGCUGUACAGCAAAACUGUAAAAAUGAAAAAAGUAAAGCGAUCACCUCCGAGGCUGAUUUUUGCCUCCACGAUGAAGCCCAACAUCCCAAUCGUCCUUUAG